UAUAUAUCUCUCCAAACAUACCAACAUUCACACACAAAAAAUUCAAAGAAAAAAAGAGAUAGUAAGAUGGAUGUUGAAAUGAGGGUAUAUGGUUGGAUUGCAAUUGCCAUUUCUAUGGUAAUUUGUCUCUCUUUGAAAGAAACUAAUGGAGAAAGUUGCAAUUUAUAUGAAGGGAGUUGGGUGUAUGAUGAAUCAUAUCCUCUUUAUGAUUCUUCAACAUGUCCUCAUGUUCGUGAGGAGUUAAAUUGCUUGAAGUAUGGUCGUCUUGAUAAGCAAUACCUCAAAUAUAGAUGGCAACCAAGCAAUUGUAACUUACCAAGAUUUGACGGAAAAAGUUUCUUGACAAAAUUGAAGGGGAAACAAAUAAUGUUUAUUGGAGAUUCAAUAAGUCGAAACCAAAGGCAAUCACUUGUAUGUUUGCUUCAUUCUGCUGUACCACAAGCUAGAGUAAUAAAACAGGGUUCUGAUCCCAUCAUCAACUUCACAUACCUGGACUAUGGAGUUUCAAUUAUUGUCCACCAUAGUACAUAUUUGGUUGACAUUGAAGUGGAAAAGAUUGGUAGAGUAUUGAAACUUGAUUCCCUUAAAAGUGGAAACUUAUGGAAACAAAUGGAUGUUUUGGUUUUCAACACUUGGCUUUGGUGGUACCGUACAGGACCCUUUCAACCAUGGGAUUAUAUUCAAAUAGGUAACAAAAUAGUGAAAGACAUGGAUCGUAUGGAAGCUUUUAGAACUGGUUUGACAACUUGGGCUAACUGGGUUAAUGCAGAAGUUGAUACAAGCAAAACCAAAGUUCUUUUCCAAGGAAUUUCUCCUACACACAACAAUGGAUCAGAAUGGCAUGAGCCAGGAGUGACAGACUGUGGAAAAGAGACAACACCAAUAAAUGGAUCAUCAUCCUCACUUGGAUUGCCACCAGCAUCAUAUGUAUUGCAAAAUGUGUUGCAGAAAAUAACCAAACCUGUUCAGCUUCUCAACAUUACAGCUUUAUCAGAAUUGAGAAAAGAUGGACAUCCUAGUAUUCACAAUUAUGCCCAUGGAAUGGAUUGUACUCAUUGGUGUAUAGCAGGAGUCCCAGAUACUUGGAAUGAGAUUCUGUAUGCAUCAAUCACGAAUUAGAAUUAAGUGAUUAUCAAUAUUGGUUUAAAGUAAGCAUCUACAAUGAGGAAAUCUAAGUGGGUUUUAGGAACUUGACGUGACAAAUGGAUAUCAUAAAAAUUGUAGAAAUAACUUAAAUAAUGAAUGGAAUCAUCAUUAAUGUUUGGAUCCAUAAUAACGUAUUAUGUCAUCAUUAAUAUGAAAUACUCUUACGUGGAUGAUAUUACAUUGCAUAGUCCAUCAGAAAAAUUAAAA